UUGUUUCUGCUCUGGGCUGAGUUCACAGAAAGAGAGAGAGAGAGAGAGAGAGAGAGAGAGUGUGUGUGAGAGUAAGAGUAAGAGUAAGAGAGAGAGAGAGUGAGUGUAAGAGAGUGAGUGUGAGUGAGAGAGUGUAUGUGUAUGUGAGAGAGUUAGAGGGAGACAGCCAAGUCCUGUUGCGGCUCUCCUCCUCUCUGGUGUGUCCAGUCACAGGGCUGGGAGCAGAGUCCUUCAGCCUCAGUAAGAUGAGAUAAUGGAGAAACUGUCCAGCUUCCUCCACAUUGGGGACAUCGUGUCCCUGUAUGCCGAAGGGACUGUCAAUGGCUUCAUCAGCACACUGGGGCUGGUGGAUGACAGAUGUGUGGUUCAACCAGAAGCAGGCGAUCUGGCCAAUCCGCCAAAGAAAUUCCGAGACUGCCUUUUCAAGGUGUGCCCCAUGAACAGGUACUCAGCGCAGAAACAGUUCUGGAAAGCAAAGCAGUCGAAACAAGGCAAUACCGAAGCUGCACUGCUGGGCAAGUUGCAGCAAGCAGCAGAACUGGAGCAGAAACAGAAUGAGAUUGAGAACAGGAAACUGCUGGGGGAGGUGGUGAAGUACAGCAAUGUCAUUCAGUUACUGCACAUUAAAAGCAACAAGUACCUCACAGUCAACAAGAGGUUACCAGCCCUCCUGGAGAAAAACGCAAUGCGGGUCUCCUUGGACAUUUCUGGCAAUGAGGGCUCCUGGUUCUACAUUCAGCCUUUUUGGAAGCUGAGGAGCGAGGGUGACAAUGUGGUGGUGGGCGAUAAAGUGGUCUUAAAUCCAGUCAACGCUGGACAGCCACUACACGCCAGUAAUCAGGAGUUACUGGAUAACCCUGGCUGUAAGGAGGUGAACGCAGUGAAUUGUAACACAAGCUGGAAGAUUGCUCUGUUCAUGAAACACAGCGAUUAUCGGGAUGACGUUCUGAAAGGGGGUGACGUGGUGAGGCUUUUCCAUGCGGAACAGGAGAAGUUCCUCACCUGUGAUGAGUACAAGAAACAGCAGCACAUCUUCCUGAGGACCACACUGAGACAGUCAGCCACCUCCGCCACCAGCUCCAAAGCACUGUGGGAGAUUGAGGUGGUGCAUCAUGACCCGUGUCGAAGUGGAGCCGGGCACUGGAACAGCCUGUUUAGGUUCAAGCAUCUAGCGACAGGGAAUUACUUGGCUGCUGAGGUGAAUCCGGACUAUCAGCACGAUCAACUAGACUCCAAGGGAGUGAGUGAAGGGGAUGUGUUACCGGCUAAAAACAAACGGCAGUUGGUGGAGAAGAUCAUGUACACGCUGGUGUCGGUGCCCCACGGAAAUGAUAUUGCGUCGCUCUUCGAGCUCGACACCACCACCCUCCAGAGAGCUGACUCCCUGGUCCCCAGGAACUCCUACGUGAGGUUAAGACAUCUUUGCACUAACACCUGGGUCACCAGCAGUAAUAUCCCUAUAGAUACCGAUGAGGAACGGCCAGUCAUGCUGAAGAUUGGAACAUGUCCAACCAAAGAAGACAAGGAGGCAUUUGCCAUUGUCUCUGUGCCUCUUUCAGAAGUCCGAGACUUGGACUUUGCCAACGAUGCCAGCAAGGUGCUUUAUGCAACAGUCCAGAAGUUGGAGGAUGGCUCCAUCACACAGAAUGAAAGAAGGUUUGUGACAAAGCUGUUGGAAGAUUUGGUUUUCUUUGUCGCUUAUGUGCCCAGCAAUGGUCAAGAUGUCUUGGAUGUGGUGAUCACAAAACCGAACCGGGAGAGACAGAAGUUAAUGAGGGAACAGAAUAUCUUGAAACAGAUCUUUGGGAUUUUGAGGGUCCCUUUCAUAGACAAAGGGGAAGGGCCAAUGCUGAGACUGGAAGACCUGGGAGAUCAGAGAUACGCUCCAUAUCGGUACAUAUUACGCCUCUGUUACCGAGUGCUGCGGCACUCGCAGCAGGAUUAUAGGAAGAAUCAGGAGUACAUUGCGAAGAUGUUUGGCAUCAUGCAGUCACAGAUUGGAUACGAUGUGUUGGCAGAGGACACCAUCACAGCCUUACUGCACAACAACAGGAAGCUGCUGGAGAAGCACAUCACAGCCAAGGAGAUUGAAACCUUUGUCAAGCUUCUGCGGAGGAACAGGGAGCCCAGGUUCCUGGAUUACUUGGCAGACCUAUGUGUGUCGAACAACAUUGCUAUCCCUGUCACCCAGGAACUGAUCUGCAAAUUCAUGUUAAAUGCUUCCAACGCUGACAUCCUCAUUCAAACCAAGCUGUUAUCAAACCGUGGGGACUUGAGUAUUGAAAAUUCCUUGCUUGAAGAUGAUGUCGAUGAGGAUGAAGUUUGGUUGUACUGGAUUGAUGGAGACAAGGAACCACAUGGCAAAUCCAUCCGGCAUCUGGCUCAGGAAGCAAAGGAGGGGAAUAAGGAAGAUCAGGACAUUUUAACCUACUACAGGUACCAGCUGAACCUUUUUGCGAGAAUGUGCCUCGAUCGUCAGUACCUUGCCAUCGACCAGAUCUCGUCGCAGCUCGGCAUAGACCUCAUCCUGCGGUGCAUGUCGGAUGAGAAUCUCCCUUACGAUCUGCGGGCAUCUUUCUGCAGGCUGAUGCUGCACAUGCACGUGGACCGCGACCCACAGGAGUCUGUCACCCCAGUGAAAUACGCAAGGCUCUGGACUGAAAUCCCGACCAAGAUUACAAUUCAUGAGUAUGACUCACUGACGGACACCUCCCGUGACGAUAAAAAGAACAAGUUUGCCCUUACGGUGGAUUUUGUGGAGGAGUACCUUAAUGAUGUCGUGACUCAGCCGUUUCCGUUCGGAGACAAGGAAAAGAACAAGCUCACUUUUGUGGUGGUGAACCUGGCUCGGAACCUAAUCUACUUUGGGUUCUACAGCUUUCGGGAGCUUCUGAGGCUAACGCGAACGCUGUUGGCUAUCCUGGACUGCGUCCAGAAUCCGACACCGUCAUAUUUGGAGCGACUCAGCAAGUUUCAGGAUGGAGGGAAUAACGUGAUGCGGACGAUUCACGGAGUGGGCGAGAUGAUGACACAGAUGGUGUUGAGUCGAGGCUCCCUCCUCCCCGGGGUUCUUCCGGAGAGUAACGAAGGCCAUAUCCGAAGCGUGCCAGGGAAACCGCCGCACGCCCUGGACAACGAGGACGUGACGGUCAUGGAUACGAAGCUGAAAAUCAUCGAGAUCCUGCAGUUCAUCCUCAGUGUCAGGCUGGACUAUCGCAUCUCCUACAUGCUGUCGAUUUACAAGAAAGAAUUUGGAGAGAACAAUUCGGUUGACUCCUCAGCGGGUUUACUGACGGAAACCACAGUACCAGACCUUGAGGGCAUUGGUGAACAGGCUGAGACGAUGUUUGCAGGAAGCCAAGAAAAAAACCCAGUGGAGCUGGAUGAUGAAGGAGGGCGAACGUUUUUGCGAGUGCUCAUACACCUGAUUAAACACGAUUAUCCCCCACUCGUGUCUGGUGCCUUACAGCUCCUCUUUAAACACUUCAGUCAGAGAGCAGAGCUCCUUCAGGCCUUUAAACAGGUCCAGUUGCUGGUUUCCUCUCAGGAUGUGGACAAUUACAAACAAAUUAAAGCAGACCUGGACUUGUUGCGAUUAACGGUGGAGAAAUCCGAACUGUGGGUGGAAAAGCGAGGAAGUUACGGCAGCAGUGAGACCCAAACUGAAGGAGCAGAUGAUGCCAAAGCUGAGGAUUCUGGAAUUCUGAGUCCUGUGCAAGAUGGCAACAAGAAACCACAAAUUGACAGCAACAGCAGCAACAACUACAGGGUUGUGAAAGAGAUCUUGAUCCGGCUCAGUAAACUGUGUGUACAGAGCAUGAGGCGGAGCAGGAGUCAGCAGCAACGCUUACUGAAGAACAUGGGAGCUCACACCGCCGUGUUGGACCUUCUGCAAAUCCCCUACGACAAGACGGACAGCAAAAUGAACGAAAUCAUGAACCUGGCCCAUGGCUUUGUGCAGAAUUUUUGUGCGGGAAAUCCGCAGAAUCAGGCCCUCCUCCAUAAACACCUCAACUUGUUCCUUACGCCUGGUCUCCUGGAAGCUGAAACUGUGCGACACAUUUUUCUGAACAACUACCACCUCUGCAAUGAAAUCAGCGAGAGGGUGGUCCAGCAUUUUGUGCACUGCAUCGAGACACACGGUCGACACGUACUGUACCUGAAGUUCUUACAGACCAUUGUCAAAGCAGAUGGAAAGUAUGUGAAGAAGUGUCAAGAUAUGGUCAUGACUGAGCUGGCUAAUGGGGGAGAGGACGUGCUGGUGUUUUACAACGACCGGGCAUCGUUCCCUCACCUUCUCCAAAUGAUGGCCUCCGAACAUGACCGCAGUGAUGAAAACGGAGCCCUCAACUACCACAUCACCCUGGUCGAGCUGCUCGCUGCCUGCACCGAGGGCAAGAAUGUGUACACGGAAAUCAAGUGCAAUUCCCUCCUCCCCUUGGACGACAUUGUGAGGGUGGUAACGCACGAGGACUGCAUCCCUGAGGUGAAAAGAGCAUAUGUUAAUUUUGUGAAUCAUUGUUACGUGGACACAGAGGUGGAGAUGAAAGAGAUUUACACCAGCAACCACAUCUGGAAACUCUUUGAGAAUUUUGUUGUUGACAUGGUUCGGGUUUGCAACACUACAACGGACAGGAAACAUGCCGAUACUGCGUUGGAGAAAUACAUGACAGACACAGUAAUGAGUAUCAUCAGUGGCUUCUUCAGCUCCCCAUUCUCUGAUAACAGCACCAGUCUACAAACACACCAGCCAAUAUUUAUUCAACUGCUACAGUCUGCCUUUCGAAUUUACAACUGCACUUGGCCAAAUCCAUCGCAGAAGUCUUCAGUGGAGUCUUGUAUUAAGACCUUGGCUGAAGUUGCCAAGAGCCGAGCGAUAGCAAUUCCUGUCGACCUGGACAGCCAAGUGAACACCCUGUUUAUGAAGACCCACUCCAACAUGGUACAGAAGGCUGCAAUUGGCUGGCGAAUGUCUGCCCGUAGUGCACCACGCUAUAAAGACCCAAUCGGUGGAUCACCCUUGGACUACAGGAAUAUUAUAGAGAAGUUGCAGGAUAUAGUGUCCACCCUUGAGCAACAAUUCCAGCCUAUGGUGCACGCUGAGUUCUCGUUGCUGGUUGACGUCCUCCAUAGCCCAGAGCUGCUUUUCCCAGACGGAAGUGACGCUCAGUUGAGAUGUGAAAGUGGAGCCUUCAUGAGCAAAUUGAUUAAUCAUUCCAAAAAGCUGAUGGAUAAAGAGGAGAAACUCUGCAUUAAAAUUCUUCAAACGCUGAGAGAAAUGCUCAAUCGGAAGGAUGACUUUGGAGAAAAGGGCACGGUUUUAAGAAAGAUCCUUCUGAAUCGCUAUUUUGGGAACCUUCGCAGCGUCUAUAAAGGAGAUAGUCACAGUCACAGUCACAGCAGCAGCAUCAAUCCCCCACUACAGACAGGGAGUUAUUCCAAGUCUGCACAACCUGGAGGCAGCAGUUCAUUUGAUUCGGACAAGUGUGGGGUCUCCGUGUUUGAGAUCCAGUGUCACCUUGACCGGGCUGGGGCCUCGGAACUGGUCACCGACCUCAUCACCAACACGAAGAACUCCAGGAUCUUCGAAGAGAGCAUCAUGCUGGGCAUCGCGUUGCUGGAGGGAGGAAACACCCAGAUCCAGCAUUCGUUCCACCGGCAACUCAACGAGCUGAAGAAAUCGGAGAAGUUCUUCAAAGUCUUGUACGAUCGCAUGAAACUGGCCCAACAGGAGAUAAGGGCAACAGUAUCUGUCAACACCAAUGACCUGAGCUGCAAGAAGAAAGAGGAUGAUUAUGAUGUCAUGCCUCCUGUCAACAGGAGAAGAGUGAAAGAUUCAUCGUAUCACCUGAAGGAGGGAGUGAAAGGGCAACUGGCAGAGGCCUCAGUUGCCACGCACAAAGCCUACUAUAUGUACAGAAGGGAGAUGGAUCCCGAGGCUGAUCUGGUGCCGGUGGGGAGUGAGGGCAUCGUGUCAGAAGAGAAAUCUGGUGAGGAAGAGGCCAUGAGUCCUGCGAUCGCUAUCAUGGAGCCCAUUCUCCGGUUCCUGCAGCUACUCUGUGAGAACCAUAACACAGAGCUUCAGAAUUUUCUACGGCACCAAAACAACAAAACUAAUUAUAACUUGGUGUGUGAAACGCUGCAGUUUAUGGACUGUAUCUGCGGCAGUACCACAGGAGGGCUCGGCUUGCUGGGACUCUACAUUAACGAGAAAAAUGUCUCGCUCGUCAACCAGACUUUGGAGACGCUGACUGAAUAUUGCCAGGGACCUUGCCACGAGAAUCAGACCUGCAUCACAACCCAUGAAUGUAAUGGAAUCGAUAUCAUUAUCGCACUCAUCCUCAAUGACAUUAACCCUCUCGGAAAGUACCGAAUUGACCUUGUCUUACGACUGAAGAACAAUGCUUCUAAGCUUUUACUUGCCAUCAUGGAAAGCAGACACGAUAGUGAAAAUGCAGAAAGAAUUCUAUACAACAUGCGACCUAAAGAAUUGGUUGAUGUUAUAAAGAAUGCUUACAGUCAAGGUGAGGAGGUUGAUAACGACGAAACUUCAGAGGAAUGUAUCUCACCGAAGGAUGUUGGCCAUAACAUUUAUAUAUUAGCUCAUCAGCUUUCACAACACAACAAGCUGCUGCAACAGAAGCUCAAACCAGGUUCAGAGCCUCAGGACAAAGGCAAUGAAGCUGUGACAUAUUAUGCUAAUCACACUGCGCAGAUUGAGAUCGUGCGGCAUGACCGAACCAUGGAGAAAAUAGUCUUCCCUGUGCCCAGUAUCUGUGAAUAUCUCACACGCGAGUCCAAGUGUAAGGUGUUUAACACCACAGAGCGAGAUGAGCAGGGCAGCAAAGUCAACGAUUUCUUCCAACAGACUGAGGACCUUUACAAUGAAAUGAUUUGGCAGAAGAAGAUUAAAAAUAAUCCAGGCUUGUUCUGGUUCUCGAAGAACAUAUCACUGUGGGGGACCAUUUCAUUCAAUUUUGCAGUAUUUAUCAACCUAGCCGUCGCACUUUUCUAUCCCUUUGGGGAUGAUGGCGAUGAGGGUACCAUCUCUCCACUGUUUUCACUGUUGCUCUGGGUAGUGGUGAUUGUUUGCACUGUUUUACUUAUACUUCUGCCGAAACCUCAUGGAAUAAGACUGUUUAUUGUAUCUGUAAUGUUCCGGUCCAUAUACACGAUUGGUCUCGGCCCCACACUCAUACUCUUGGGUGCUCUCAAUCUGUGCAAUAAGAUAGUGUUCUUGGUCAGUUUUGUUGGAAAUCGUGGAACGUUCACCCGUGGUUAUAAAGCGGUGGUCAUGGACGUGGAGUUUUUGUACCAUGUGACCUACGUGGUGGUCUGCAUGCUUGGCCUGUUUGCUCAUGAAUUCUUCUACAGUUUCCUGUUGUUUGACAUAGUCUACAGGGAAGAGACGUUGCUUAAUGUCAUAAAGAGUGUCACGAGAAAUGGUCGCUCCAUUAUUCUGACAGCAGUGUUGGCUCUGAUCCUUGUCUACCUGUUCUCCAUUGUGGGAUUCCUCUUCCUGCAAGAUGACUUCAUUAUGGAGGUGGACCGACUGGAGAAGAACAAGACACCUCUAACAGCACAAGAAAAUCUCUACGGCUCACCCCUGAACAAUAAGGAAGAUGUGUGUCGGGAGAAUUGCCCCAUGUUACCUAAUGCAGCUGGAGGCCAAGAGGAUGACACAAGUUCCGAACAGACUUGUGACACUCUGCUCAUGUGCAUCAUUACAGUAUUAAACCAGGGGUUGAGAAAUGGGGGUGGAGUCGGUGAUGUCCUGAGAAAACCGUCAAAGAACGAGCCAUUGUUUGUCGCACGUGUCAUCUAUGAUCUCCUGUUUUUCUUCGUCGUCAUCAUCAUCGUCUUGAACCUGAUCUUUGGUGUUAUCAUCGACACGUUUGCUGACUUGAGGAGUGAGAAACAGAAGAAAGAGGAGAUCCUGAAGACCACUUGUUUUAUCUGUGGGCUUGAAAGAGACAAGUUUGAUAACAAGACGGUUUCUUUUGAAGAGCACAUCAAGGUUGAACACAAUAUGUGGUAUUAUUUAUAUUUCAUCGUCUUAAUCAAAGUCAAAGAUCCGACUGAGUACACUGGACCUGAAAGUUACGUGGCGCAAAUGAUCAGGGAGAAGAACCUGGAUUGGUUCCCCCGGAUGCGUGCCAUAUCAUUGGUCAACAACGAAGGUGAUAGCGAACAGAACGAAAUCCGAAGUUUGCAGGAUAAGUUGGAGUCAACCAUGAACCUGGUGAUGCAACUAUCCAGCCAGCUGUCCGAGCUGAAGGAACAGAUGACCGAGCAACGAAAGAACAAGCAACGCCUGGGCUUUCUGGGGCCAAACACACCUCAGCUGAACCAUCACGUCGCUGCACCACAUUGAGGGCCAAUGGGACAUUGACGUUUGGAACACAAUUCCACCAGAUUGCAUUCUGGGGGCAAAUAAGGUUGUCGUUGAGACACCAGCUCCAUUUAGAAGAAAAAUACCUUAAAUAACUGGAUUUGAAGCCAUUUGGAAAGUUCGACAUGGCCUAACUUAUUAUCUAUCGUGGUGAUGUUGUCCACAACUUCCAAACAUUGCCUUCCUACUGGUGCAUUCCUGCCAGCCAGCUUCCCUAGCAUUCCAUUUGUCUUCCUCAUGAUCCUAAUCCGCCUCCCACACUUCACAUCCACCAUCAAAAUACUCAAUGUUGUUGUCUCACUCCUGAUUGCAAGAUUGUGGAAUUAUUUUUUGUUUAUUAAUCCAUGUGGGCAUCAUUGGCUAAACCAAUAUAAUUUGCCCAGAUGGCAUUUAAGAGCUAACCACGUUGCUAUGGGUCUGGAGUCACAUGUAGGCCAGACGAAGUAGGACAGCAGAUUCCCUUCCCUAUAAGAACAUUAAUGAAUCAGGGUUUUUUUGUCAUCAUUACCAUUUUCUUUUAAUUCCAGAUCUUUGAGUUCAAAUUCAACCAUCUGUGAUGAUCAGAUUUUAACCUGGGUCCCCAGCUUACUAAUCCAUGACAAUACCACUAUACCAUCGACUCUGUUUAUUCGUUCUCGGGAUGUGGGCAUUGGCAACAUUUAUCUCCCAUUCCUGGUUCCCUUUAAGAAGGUGGUAGUGGCCAUCCUCUCAAAUUCAUUGUGUGUAGCAGUAGUAGCCUUCAAAGAAAUGUAAAGGAUUUUGACUCUAUAAUAAUGAAUGGACAAUAGCAUAUGACCAAGCCAUGAUGGUGUGAGAAAACUGGGGAAGGGGAACUCUGCAGUGUCCUUGCUUUUAGUAACUGCAGCAGAUCACAGUUUCAGGUGAAGCUUUGGCAAGACGCUGUGGUGUAUUCUGUAUGUGUAGGUGAUACAUUCACAUUGCAUGGUUGUGAAAGAUGAAGCCAAAGGUUAAGGUGCCAGUCAAUGUUGCUCUGCUGUGGUAGGUAUUAAGCUUCUUGUGUUGCUGCUACUACUGUCAUCCAAUCAAAUGGAAAGAAUGCUACCAUAUACUUUAUCCUGUAUCUCCUUGGUGCUGCAGUUAUUUUAGGGAAUUGGCAGGUUAACUGUUUCCCACUGAACUCCCUGUCUCUGAUCUGCUCUGGUAGCGAUGACAUUGAUGUGAUUGGCCAGUCGAACCUCUGCCUGACUGCCUGGAUGUUGAUGGGCGGGGGGUGGGCUUCAGUAGCAGUGAUGCCUUUGAAUGUCAGGGAUGGUUGUUAGAUUCGCUCUUCUUGAAGAUGGUGAUUGCAUGGCCCUAGGGUGGUAUGUUAUUCCUUAUCAAUUAUUGUCCCAAACCUGAGAGUGUUAGGGCAUUGCUGUAGAUAGACAUGAGCUGUGUCAGUGUCUGAGGAAUGGCAUUCAGUACUGAACAUUUGUGCGAUCAUCAGUAAAGGGGUUUUUUAAUGAAUUAAUUGGAGAUAGGUGAAUCUCCUGCAGCAAUAUUCAAGAACUAGGAUGAUUCACCUCCAACAACCAUUGUACCAGGUGUAAUCCAACCUAUUGAGAGUUUACCCCCCUGAUCCAGUUUUGCUAGGCUGUUUGAGCCCACACUCAGUCAAACGUAGCCUUGAUGUCAAGGGCCAUUGCUGUCAUCUCACCUCCAGAGUCCGGUUUCUUUGGCCAUCUUUGGACCAAGAUUAUCGUGAAAUCAGGAGUCAGAUAGUCCUGUCAGAUUCCUUCCAUCAUUUUUGAACAUCUGUCAGAGGGGUAUUCUCUCUGCAUUCAGUUUCACAAAUUUACCUGAUCCUUCCUACUUGCCAUAAAUGCCAUGUACUGUCACAGGAUCAGUAUACACUUUCUUCACAGUUGUUGUGCUGAGUGGCUUGGUGGGGGGUGGGAAUCUUGCAGGGUGUGGGGUUCCCAUAUAUCUGUUGCCUUUGUCUUUCUAGCUGGUGGUGAUUGUUGGUUUGGAAGGUGCUGUCUAAGGAGCUUUGGAUUCCUAUCGUGUAGAUAUUACAUACUGCUGCUCCGGGGCAUCAGUGAUGGAGAGUGAGUGUUGAAAGUGGGGGGUUUAAUGGGAAAUGAGUUUUUCCUGGAUGGUGUCGAGCUGCUUGAGUGUUGUUGGCUUUGUACUUAUGUAGACAAAUGGGGAGUAUUUCUUGCGCUUUGUAGAAUUCCAGCAGGAUUCCUAGUCUGUGCGGUCAAUUUGUGAUUUUACAUUGUGUCUGUCGAAAAGGUUGGGUUAAUUGAGUUAAAGUGUAAAUCGGCAAUCUUCAGGGUCCUGCAGCCGACUUGUGAACUUCAAGUCCGGACUCUGCAUUGCACAUCCUGCAGUGAAUUGUGAGACAAUACUGAGUAUUUUAGCCAGAGUCAGUGGAGUCCAUGCACCAGUCACACGUUGCCAAAUAUUUGAUUCCUGGGGGCAACUGGAACAAAACAAAAUGAGUAAUUUCAACCAAUGUGUGAUUCCACAUGAUGUAUAUUUGAACUGUGGUGGAAAGCCUAUAUUGUGAGCUAAACUGGUUUGAUUCAAGAGGAGAGAGAGGCAAGUCAAAGCAAUAACAAAGAAUGUUUCAUACUCUGGGAAUGAAGAACGUAUCCAGUUUGGGAUUAUCCAGAAUGCUGGGAAUUACACUGCCAAGUUCCCGGCUACACAUCUUGACUAAAGUCACUUUUGUUUUCUUAAAACCACUUUUGAAUGUAUCUAACCUUUUGAGGUUUAACUUGCAAAGGUACUAAAGCAGAAAAAGUAUUUUUUAUGCUCUGAACCAAUUGUACUACAAAGGGUGUAUGACAUUUAAAGGUUGAAUUUGUACAUUAAUGGUGGUAAUCAUGGAGAUAUUUUGCUGCACCAAGAAGCUGAAAUGGUUUGAUUUUUUUCUUUUUUUAAAAAAAUGUGGUAUUUAUAUGGUUUUAAUUUGAAUAUGUUGCAUGAACUGCAAAAUAGUUAAGAGGCAAUGCAACUCUCCAAUUCAAUCAUCAUUUGUGAGUCUUUCUAACUGGGUUUUAUUUGUAUGUCCUUUUAAAAAGAGGGGAAAUCUUAACUGGUUCUGACUGGAUGUUGUGUUUUUAUCUGAAACUAAUAAAGCUUAUCUUUUUUU